AUCUGUUAUCAGUGAUAAGGCAGUAGAUUAACUUCAUUCCACCUGAUUCAGACUCCUAACAAUAACCUGAAGGUCUUGACAGAAGUGGGCUUGGGUGAUACAAGAGUCUGAAUGCAAAUAUUCAUGCAGGGGCUGCACUCGUUAAGGCAGCAUCCCUGUCUCUUGUGCAGCAUUAUGUAAUCCCAGACACAAGCACAGAAAAGCUGGCAUCUGAAGCUGGGUUUGUUCUUGAGUGUUCUCAGACAAUCACUGCAAGAACACAUGCAUUAAAUCUCAAAUGUAUGCCUAGAUCACUUUUUUCAGAGCAUUGUUCAAACUACCAACUUGGAAUUGUUUUAAUCCAAAUUUUAUUUCCAUGGAUAUGUGUGUAUAUAUAUAUAUAUAUAUUUUUUGUAUCUUUGGAACAAUCUUGACUGUGACCCUCCAGAACACCCAUCUUAAUUAGAAGUAGCGCUGUCAUAUAGGGUUACAUUACUGUGUAAACAUUAACUAGCUACUCACUCUGCCAAAUGGAAAUUAAAGCAAUGAGGACUUCAAGCUGGUGUGAGCUGCUUAAUAACGUGCUUUGGCUGGCCUCCAUUGGACUGGGUUUGUUGCAGUACUGUCAGGCUCAGCCAUACUGAUGAGCUACAGGAGGCAUUUGGAAAGGGAUAAUAUGCCUUCAAUUAAACUGCAGAGUUCAGAUGGAGAAAUCUUUGAAGUUGAUGUUGAAAUUGCAAAACAGUCUGUAACUAUAAAGACUAUGCUGGAAGAUUUGGGAAUGGAUGAUGAAGGUGAUGAUGACCCAGUCCCUCUUCCAAAUGUUAAUGCAGCUAUCUUAAAAAAGGUGAUUCAGUGGUGCACCCAUCACAAGGAUGAUCCACCUCCUCCUGAGGAUGAUGAGAACAAAGAAAAAAGAACAGAUGACAUCCCUGUGUGGGAUCAAGAAUUUCUGAAAGUAGACCAAGGAACGCUUUUUGAACUUAUCCUGGCUGCAAAUUACUUGGACAUCAAAGGUUUGCUUGAUGUCACAUGCAAGACAGUUGCAAACAUGAUCAAGGGGAAAACUCCAGAAGAAAUUCGCAAGACAUUCAAUAUUAAGAAUGACUUCACUGAGGAGGAAGAAGCACAGGUACGUAAAGAGAACCAGUGGUGUGAAGAGAAGUGAAGUAUUGUGCCUGACACUCGAACACUGUAAGGAUUGUUCCAAAUACUAGUUGCACUGCUCUGUUCAUAAUUGUUAAUAUUAGACAAAUGCAGCAGCAAAUGAAGUUGUGUUAGCAGGAUAUUGUUCCCUUUGCAUGUGUAGUGUUUUUUUGAGUACAAAUUUAAAUCUUCUGAGUUUUUACUAGUGUAAUUGGAUGUCUUUUUACUUUACUCUGCAAUGAAUAAAACUGAACCAAGUGUGGAUUCUGUACGGGAAGUAGCACUUAAGGUUAUCAUUUUCAUUACAUUUCUAAGCUGUUCAAGACCAGUUACAGUGCUAAGGAUUGACUCCAUUGUAAAUAAAACCACCUAUGACUUCUUCAUCCAGAAGAACAAAACACUUGUAUUUACAGGGUAUUGAUAGCUUCAGAAAGAAAAACAAACCAGAAUGUGUCUUGGGGAACUAGGUAAAAUAAAAGAAGUUACUGGAUUUCUUCCAAAAACAUUGUGGGGAAAAUUAGUGUUACUUAAAGCUAUAUAACUUUCAAGAUGGUUCUUGUCCUGCAUUUAAAAAAAAAAAAAAAUUGACCACUUUCUUGUCCUGUUAGUCUUGCCUUAUAGACUAGUGAAAGAUGUGAUUUAGAACUAAGCAAGCUCCUGACAGUUAAAUUUGAAUACUUCAACCAUGUCUUGAAGACCUGCCUCUAGCUGGUAGCAGAUGAAAAGUGUGUUGCUUUAUGCACAGGAUGGGUGUGUUUUUUAUACAUGUUACUUAAAAAUGGAAUCCAGGUUUGACCAAAAAAAUGACUGACAUUACCAAAGUUAAUAUUAUUGACCUGUGCAUGCCAUUAGUGGCUGGUUUUUAGGCAAUUUUAAACAACCCUUGUGAUGUAGCUCUUUAAAACAUGGUUUCAUGUGUCCACAGGAAAUCUUAUGCCUCUGUAUGUGAUACGUCAGCUUGUAGAGACUUAAUUAUUGCAUACAAAGCUAAUGCAAUAUCAGGCUUAACUUCUUUGGACAAAGCCACUUGCAACUAGUUAAACAGUAACUGGUUUUCUGAUUUUUUUUUUUUUUUUUUUUUUUUACAGUUCCCUUAUAGGGAGUAGGGGAUGGUUGUGUGGUAGAUCUUUGAGGUGUGCUCUUAGCUUGUAUUGCAUUCCAUUCUCUGUAUAAACCUUAGAGUAGAAUGAACCUUAAUAAACAUACUUAUCUCACUUUAAAUAUCAGUGUUUCACUUCUGAAUUAAUAAAGGGCUUUUAAACUUU